CGUAAACCAAACAAAAACAUUGUAAAAAAUUUUUCUCAUUAAGAAAUCUAAUGGAAAAGUUUUUGCCUUUUUUCCAAUGAAAACAAAAGAAAAAUUAAAAUUUAUUUAAAACAACUAUUUAGAAAAUAAUAAAAUUUUUAUAAAAUUAAUUAAAACAUAUUUUCGAAUAGAAAUAACUUGAUCUUAGACAACAAAAUAGAAGUGAAAGUGCUAAAAUCUGAAUAAAAGAAAAAAGACCACAACAAAAAGUGCAUAAAUAGAAAAAAUUUAAUUAUAAACUAGAGUACACAGUGAAGUGCUACCAAGGAUAUUUCUUCAUUAUACUUCUACAAUUCUGAACAUAUUGUUAUUGUGAAAAAAACAGAAGCCAUAGAAGCAUAACAAAGGUGGUUUCUUACGCCAGCUAAUGAUAUCACCACCAACGCCAGCAAACGCUCCUAUGUCCCUUUUCUUUGAGGUUUUUGAAAAUUCAUCAAAAUUGUGUUUGGUUUGCAUUUGUGGACACAAUCCCAAUCCUCUCCGGCUACCACGGUUGCCCGCACACGUAGCUGGUUUGGAUUUGGAUGCACACCAGAACAACUACUAACGCUGACAAAGUAUUUACAGCGCUUGUGUCGGGCACAUAGAAGUGAAAAAAUGUCCUCCUCUCAGUCCUCUGCUUCGGCGGAAGAUGAUAGAAGAUCGUCUGGCAAUAAGUCAAUAGCUGUUGAUACCAUAGUUAAGUUUCCCCACCAAAGGGAAAGAGACCUAGAGGUCUCUUUAGAGUCCGAUGAUGAAUGUGAUGUAGCUGGUGCUAUGAUAGAUGUAGAAGGUUUCUGCUAUGCCGACUAUCGUAUGGAACAAUAUGCUCAUAGUGUUUUAGAUUUUAGUUCACAAUAUGGCAUAGAUUUAAGUAUAUCCUAUACGGCACCAAAUAUAACAGGCCGGCCCUCUAAGUAUCCAGAAUAUGGUGAUUUCCCACAAACUUUUGCCAUGCGCACCUAUGGUGACUGGUGGGAUCGUUCACCCUCUCGCUUACGUGAAAUAUCACCUCAAAAUUUACCCAAAGUACCCGCUGAAGAUUUUAUAGUUUUGUACUUUGAAGACUAUGUUAUACCCGAUGAAAUUGCCAUUUUUGAAACAUUUAAUCCGGGUGCUGUUAUACGCAUUUGGGCGUAUACUAUUGCUAAGACUUGGAUUUGUUUGUGGGAGGAUAAUGACUUCUAUACACGUCCUCCCUAUGUGGCAAAUCGGGCUAGACGUUUUGCACCACCUUUGAAACGUAUACAAUUACCAACAAAGACAAUAAGACUGGAGUUUAAUCCACGUCUUCACUAUUACACCGAAAUUGAUGCAGUUCUAUUAAAUGGCAAAAAAUUCAAUAUGAGAAAUAUGCAAACUUUACUAGACUACUACGAAAGACAAAGAAAAGGUUCCAUUUUAUGUAAAUUACAAAAUAUGAAAUUUCGCCCCGUUUGUAAGGACAACUAUCAGACACGUUUACAACAUUUUCUAAUGCAUGAUUUGGAUAAAUUUAUGUCUGCCUUAAAUGAUGUACAAAUCAACAACGACAACAGCAAUAAUACCGAAGACAGUGAAACAACAGGGAGAGUAGAUUUAAAGGAUAUGCCGUUUGAUAUUGUUUUAAAAAUCUUUAGCUAUUUAGAUUUAAUCUCCCUGUUUCGUGUGGGUCAAGUAUCGCGUUUCUUUUAUGAUGUCUCCACUCAUCCUUUGUUGUAUAGUGAAUUGAAUCUGAAACCUUAUUGGCAUUUAGCAUCCACUGAAUUACUUUCCACUUUGGCUAAGAGAGCAACGAUUUUAAAGAAAUUGGAUAUGUCCUGGUGUGGUUGUACCAUACAAACGGUAUCACCUACAGAAUUUAAAAAAUUUAUACAACAACGUGGCGAUUCUUUGACUCAUAUACGUUUAAAUUCAGCCAAGUUUUUAAAUGCCAGCUGCAUAGAAACUUUAGGCAUUGUCUGUGAUAAUUUAAGAGAGCUUUCUUUGCGCAAUUGCUCUAUUAGUCCUCCUUUAUUGAAUUUCUCCUGUUUGGCUAUAAAGAAUUUGGAACGUUUGGAUUUGUUUCAAACUGUCAUUGAAUCGGAUUUGCUAUUGACGAUGCUGGAGAGUAAUCCAAAAUUAAAACAUUUAAAUUUGGCAUUUUGCAAUGUAGCUGUUAAUAUGGAUGAUGUUGCUUUACAUAUUUCCCAGUAUAAUAAACAAUUAGUAUCCUUGGAUUUAUGGAAGGCACAUUUUCUGUCCGCUCAUGGUCUAAUUGCCUUAUCGGAAUGUCAUGAUUUAGAAGAAGUGGAUUUCGGUUGGUGUUUACGUGAGGCUACUUUGGGCGAUAGUUUAAAGGAAUUUUUAACGAAAUGUCCCAAACUAAAGAAAUUGUUUUUAGCUGCUGUUCGUGGUUUAACCGAUCGUGAUUUAGAAUAUAUUGCAAAUUUAUGUCCCAACUUGGAACAAUUAGAUCUAAUGGGUGUUUUGGGUAUAUCCAAAGAAAAAUAUUAUGAUAUUUUACAAAAAUGUAAAAAAUUGCAAUUAAUGGAUCUAAGUUUUUGCGAUAAUAUAAUGGAUUAUGAGGUGGCUAUGUGGUCUCGUAAUUUUAAAGUGAAUAUCAAGUGUUGUCAUGUACCUAACGAUUUUAGAUAAGAUUUUUACUAACAAAAAAUUUCAAAUAAAAUAUUAGUUAAAUACAUUUGUAACGAAAUUUCUUUAUAACCUAUAAAUUUAGUUUCUAAAAAAAUGUUAUUGUAUGUAGUUAGUAAAAGAAAUAUAAAAAUA